CAAGAAACUUGCGUUUGGAUUCCUCAAAAACUCUUCUUCACACUCACGUCUGGGAUCUCUACUGCCUGACACCCGCACGCACCCUCUGCUUACACUUAACUCUCCCUUGUUUUUAAUGGCUUAUCUUCAACACUGCUCCGUCCUCCAACCUGGGUUUUCUCAAUUCCCUCUGUUUCGCUUCAAUGGAGCUAGACCUUGUUGCUUUGCUCAGAGCCGCCUGGAUUGCUGGAACAUUGCCCAUACUCAUAGCCUCCAUUCCCUCUUCUCGUCUCCAUUCCUUUCAUGGGCUUGUGUUGGGGUUUGCUAGGAGAGGGAAAACCAUGCCAUCCUCAUCAUACAAAUUCACCGUUCCACAAAGAUUCUUCUGCCAUUUCUAUGUGGUGGCAGUGGUGUGGACAACGUUGUUGGUUCUUGCAACUUUGCUAUAUGCAUACAGAAUGGCACCAUUGGUCUCUGAACCAUUGCUUUAUUCCACCGUUGCGAGCCAGUUGACUGGAGGUUCACAUAUCUUUUCCUUGCAUAAAUCUCGUUCGACUCCACUUGAGCAUAGAUACCUUGUUUGGCGAUCCGUGUUCCUGCUUUUGUUGAUGGAAGUCCAAGUAAUGAGACGCCUUUAUGAGACAAUAUAUGUUUUUAAUUAUAGCAGCUCAGCUCGGAUGCAUGUUUUUGGUUAUCUGACUGGCCUGUUUUUCUACACAGCAGCACCACUGUCACUCUGCUGCGUUUGUGCACCAGAGGUAUUUAAAUUUGCUGCAAAUCAAUUGAAGGAAUUCAUCGUUAAAGGCAAGAAUCAGAUGCCUGUCAUUGAAUUUGAUUGGUGGGGAUACAUGAGUUCUCUCAUGAAGCUUGGAUGGCCCUCCUGGCUUGGUGCAGCUAUAUUCAUUUGGGGUUGGAUUCAUCAGCAUCGUUGUCAUGCAAUUCUCGGCUUGUUGCAAGAGCAUAAGGAGCAAGAAGGUGAAUACGGAAUCCCUGAUGGGGAUUGGUUUGAAAUAGUCUCUUCUCCGCACUACCUGGCUGAGAUUGUUAUAUACGGUGGCCUUGUGGUGGCUAGUGGGGGUUCAGACUUGACAAUCUGGUUACUUUUUGGAUUUGUGGCAUCAAAUCUCAUAUUUGCAGCAGCAGAAACACAGAGGUGGUAUCUCCAUAAAUUUGACAAUUACCCCAGCAAUCGGUUUGCCAUUAUUCCAUUUGUUUACUAGUGCUAUGGUGCAGACCUUUUAACAUGUUUGCAUACUGGGGCAUCACUAUUAUUAGGUGGUUGAGUGAAAGAAACUUUGUCUAUUGAAUCUGGAAACUCAACUGCUCUAUCAAUCCGGUGAGGGUUUUAGGAGAAAAUGGUUUUUGUCUUUGUUUUCUUCUAAAAGCACACUCAAAAGUUAUAAAUAUUUGUUUUCAUA